AUAUAUAUUGAGAAUUCUCGCCCAUGUUUCAGACAAUUAACAUCUCCCUUCUCAUCUCAUUCACUCACAAUUCCAUUGCCAAACCAAAUGGUGAUUAAGGUGGUUGCACUCUCUGGUUCCCUUCGAAAAGGCUCUUACAACAAAGGCCUCAUCCGUUCAGCUAUUGAGCUAAGCAAAGGUGGAGUUGAAGGUAUUGAAAUUGAGUAUGUUGACAUUUCUCCCCUGCCGUUGUUGAACACUGAUCUUGAGCAAGAAGGGACUUUUCCAGCUGAAAUUGAAGCCUUUCGUCAAAAGAUUCUUGGAGCUGAUAGCAUUCUCUUUGCUUCCCCUGAGUAUAACUUUUCUGUUGCAGCUCCACUAAAGAAUGCACUUGACUGGGCAUCUAGACCACCAAAUGUUUGGGCUGGAAAACCUGCUGCCAUUGUAAGUGCUGGAGGAGGCUUCGGUGGAGGACUAGCACAGUUUCAUCUCCGCCAAGUUGGAGUUUUCCUUGAUCUUCAUUUCAUCAAUAAACCUAUGUUCACCCUGAACGCGUUCCAGCCUCCAGCAAAGUUCAACAGUGAUGGUGACUUGAUUGAUGAGGGUACCAAGGAAAAGUUGAAGGCAGUGCUUGUGUCCUUAAAGGCAUUCACCCUGCAACUUCAAGGAAAUAAUUGAAUUAUAUUGAAACCACUCUGGUUCCCCAGAAAUGGUUUUACUAAUAAGCUUUGGAUUUCUCUUCAUUUCUUUUAGUAGUUAAUAAUAUCUUGUGCGGGAUUCGCCAUGUGAGCAUGACAUUAAGGGUGAUAUGCAAUUACAGAUGCAUUUGUUCUUUACUUACAA